AAUGACGUCGGUCGACUCCGGGGUUGAGACUGGUAACGAUUCGAACGACAGCUCGGUCACCCACGAAAGCAACGUCUCCGCGAAUUUCAACUCUCCCCAGGGAUCAAAUGCUGGUAACAACAACGCGGGCAGUCAGUUUUCCAAUGUUGAAGUUGGACCGUCCCGACCUCUGGGUUUACCCAUCGCUUCGAUUUGCCCUGGUUUAAACACCAAUGCUGAUGGUCAAGGUACUUCGAAACCGAGCACCUCAGGACCUUUGGUAUUGCACGCCAAUGCCGAGCCUACAAAGGUUUUGGAGUUUCGCAUACCACCGAUGUACAUAGAGCCUCUUUAUGGAGCGAAUGGUCAACUGCUCAGUACAACGAUGGAGAUUUUGAAAACAAGUAUGCUUUGGUCUCCGCAACGGGCAGGAUCAACAUACCAUAGGAAAAUGAAACUGCAUGCCAUGCAGCGCAAAUCGAAGUUCAGGAUGAAAACGUGGCAGGAGUUUCAAGGGCCUCUCGACGAAAGGAAGAUGAGGCUGGCAGCUGCAACAAACAACAUUGAACUGAUGAGACGACUGUUAACAAGUGGUGUCUAUCCCAAUAAUCACGAUGAACAGGGAAGAUCCCCUCUCCACUUAGCAUCAUCCAGGGGUUACACGGACGUCGUGCGUCUAUUAUUGGAACACGGCGCGGAUCCGAAUCAGCGUGAUUGUCUCGGAAACACGCCUCUUCACUUGGCUGCGGUGACGAGUAAAAUAGCAGUAGUAACACUCUUGCUGAAAGCAGGAACGGACGUUCUCUCAUCUGACCAGCACGGGCACAACCCCCUUCAAUUAGCGCAGACAAAGUUGAGAUUAUUGCAAAGCUUCAAAGGUUCGGACAUGAAUAAGAUCAAAGAAGAAGUGCACAACGUGGUCGGCAUGCUGCUCGCCUAUUUGCAGAGGCAAAAAGAUGCCAGAGAACAGGUCGAGGCUCUCAGCACAUUCUGUUCCCGACUAUCUCUGUCCAAUACUUCGGAUGAAAUUCAAGGCGACGUCAGGGACUUAUUGGCUAACAUAGAUUCUCUCAGUCUUGCAAGUUAGAAAAAGGAUAAAUGAGACAAGUUGAAAUUGAAAAUUUUGGAUUCCGAUGUAUAUCUAUUUUAGUAUUCUAUACGUAUAUUAACGGUGUACUGAGUUUAGAGUCUGAAGAAAAGAAAAAAGAUGACAAAACGUAUGUAAAGCAAAAAAGAAACGAAACAAUUCCGUCGAUAUUAAAUAAUUUGGAUUGAAUAGUAACUAGAAAUUGUUGAAACUUUUAACGUUAAUCUAAUAUUUGUUCUAAUUUACCGUAUGUGCAAAUCGUCAAAUACGUAUAGAGCUUUGGAAAAUACAGGGUGGAUAUGAAAAGAGUCGUUUUUGAAUUUUUUUUUUUACACUUGUAACUAUGUGUGUGGUAUACUCCGCCCAGCUGUUUAUUACAGGUUUUUUUUCUAAUAAACUCUAGCUACCAUUUAUUACAGACAAAAUUUAAACAAAGAAAAAUAUUGAAAAAUGGCUGACCGAGUCUGUAAUUAAUCCACGUCGCACGAUUAAAACUUGGACUAAAUUGUGCGCCUACAAUAUAAUAUACUUUGCAACCGAUACAUGCUAGUUGCAAAUUUUGAAUAAUUUUUAUAUGAGGUUUAAACUCGACAAGAUGGUCAAUUCGAUAUUAUUGAAUUUAUAGACAUGUGUAGGCUUUAGCGAUGUAUUUAUAAUCGCAUUGUCUAAGAAUUGAUCAUAUUGAAAUUCAUUUUCGUUUUCGCUUUGUUUUUCUUUUGAUUUACACGGUGAAAACUUGAAUUUACAUAUAAUAAUGCAUGAAAUUUCUUGAAAGGAUGGUUUGAAUAUAGUUAUAGUUUUUAGAAUUAAAGAGAAAAGAAUUAGUAUCGUUUUUUGCUAAUCGGAUUUAGUGAUAUGAAUUUUCCUUAGUGAUGAGAAGAGCAGACUGUGAAAAUUUGUGCAAAUGUCAAUCUCAUUUAACUUUGAUAGCUUAUAGGCAAGCUAUUGUUGAGAGCUUUAGAGCAAUACUUGAAUUUUUCAAAGAACAACAGUUAAGUGAACCGUAAUUAGCCUGCAAUCAGUUGCAUCUUGGGAACUGAGGAUUGUAAAGAUAUUUUUUUUUUUAUCGGUUUAUCGUUCAUAUUUCAUACGAAUUUUGGAGAAUCCAACUAUGAAAUAUCUGAAAAAAUCACAGGUAUUCUCAACACGGAUUAUUCGCUCACGACGGAAUGGAUAAGAUUUUAGGAUUUAUCGUCGCGUAGACGUGAGAAUCGACUGACUUCAUGUAAAUCGUUGUACAAACUGAAUAACAAUUAUAAAAUUAAACAAUGAAUGAAAAAAAAAGAAGUAGAUAAAUCGUUAUGAAUCUAGGUAGAGAAUCGUACGCGAUUAACUCGUGAUCAUAUUGGUUUUAGAGAACAGUUUAACUCGAAAACUUGAAGUAGUAUCAUUUGCGUAAUUGUAUGAACUUGUAGUUGCGUGAUAAAGUGUUGAAAUCGUACAUUUCGCUAUCAAUUAUCAAUGUGUGUGAUUUAAGCAAUUCAUAUCCUAGCCCUACUACCUACUAAAAAUUCCCAAAUUCUCCCCAUAUUCAAUACCUACAAUGUUUAAUUUAUAAAAUUAAUAUGAAUUACGGGUGGUGUCAAGUUGACAAGUUUGAUAAAAAUUUUUUCGAUUUUAUAAAAGUUAUCUUACAAUAGAGCAAGCAUGCCUAGCCUUCUUUGGCUAAUUUAAUGACCAAAGGUGAAAAGUUUUUGCUCCAACUUACAUAACACGCAUCUAUGAAAAGUUAAAAAACCGCAGUUGCCGAUUAUAUGUGCCGUUUUUCACUCGCACGUCCGUGUCUUUGUAGUAGGUACGCAGUUUAUUUUUCGAACAUGUAAUCUUAUAUGUAAGUUAAGUAUCUUUAAUUAAGUCAUUAUCCGAAGGAGUUGCAGUUUUCAUUUUUAUUUUUUUUUUCUCGUUUUUAAUAUCAGCCUAUCUGUAUACGUAUAUGAUAAUUGACGAUUUUGCUCAUUAUUGUUAUGUAUUACUGUUGCAGCAGUCAGCUUCAUUUUUUUUUAUUAAGAUCAUUGAGUUGUAUAUAAUUAUUUGAUUGUUUGUUUUUAUUUUAAUCAAUAUUCUUCUUUCAAAAGAUGUACAUAACUGAUGUAGUAUGAUCAAUGCAUCAUUUGUACAUAUAAUACUAUAUUCUAUACUGUACUGAGAUAUUACACGCAUAUAAUUAUACGAUAACUACCGUUAUUAAGAAAUAACUGAAUAUAAUUAUAUAUAAAUAUGUGUAGUAUCUUGUGUAAACUUCAACGAGCCUGAUGAUACUUUUAUCGAUAAAGAAAAAAAAAUUUUUACGCUGUAAUUCUUAUAAAAUUAUUCUCAUAAUUAAUUGAACUGAAAAUACAGAUAAACGUCUUACUUCUCAAUAAAGUGAUACGAACGUUUUAUUGGAAAAUUGUAAUUUUGUUCUCUGUGUAAUCUUCUGAAAACUUAACAAAAAAUGUUAAGUUGUUCUGAAAAACCUUGAAUAAUGAAUUUAGAUGAAUGAUAAAAGCGCGACAGCUUGAAUAAUUUUCACCGCUCGACGAUACUAAAGUGAAAAUUGUUUUAUGCUGUCGUCAAUGACAUAAUGUCCGGGCAGUUACUCAAGGAAAAGGAGAAAUAUAAGAAGUUGCAGUGUUUCUAAAAACACUAGUAAACUGUACAAUAAUAUAAUAAAUUCAUAAUUUUUAUUAAUACAACUAAUAUUUUAGUAAUAAUUGCCGUAACAUUAAAAUGAAGUGCCUGGAUGGCAUUGUUUUACAAUUAUCAUUGACCAUUCUCGUACUAGUCGUUUAACAAAAAAUACAAUAAAAAAUAGUAACAAUAAUAAAUGUAUAAAUUGACGAACGUGGUUUUCCAGUGCAUUAUGAAAUUGAUUAAAAAGAAAAAAGAUACAAGAGACAAUCCAAGCACCAAAUUUAAAUUUAACUUACAAUCGUUAAUUAUAUAUAGACUCAUAGUUUGUCUCGUAAUUUUUGGUAAAGCUAAAGUUUCAUAUCACGCUUAGUUCCCGUUACAGCAGAGAGUGAAGCAAAAAAAAAAAAAAUCACUACGGCUAGACUAUAUCCGCAAAAUUUUCGCACAUAUAAGAAGUUGACUAUUAUUUCAAUACUCAUUCAACUCGCUAUUUAAUCCGUGGAAGAGGAUUGAUUGAAUUUACUAUUUUGCUUUUCCUGCCAAAGUAACAUUAGAUUAAUUGCCUUUUGACGUUUUAAUUGGCACGAAAUUUAUGUAUCCGAAUAUCAUACUAAUCACUUUGCGAUGUCGCCACAUGUAUAUAUAAUCUAUUUACAUAAAAAAUUGAUUAAAAACAAACAAGAAAUAAGAUUUAAAAAAACAAAUAUUCAACUCCAACCGUAGCUUAAAUAAUUCGUCUGCAGCCGUUAAUUGAUGAAAUGACGGAAUUGAAGUAAGUAGGUCCCCUUAACUGGCUGUUGAUAUUUCAUUUAUACAGUAUAGUUUAAUAUGUACACAUCAUAGCUUCGUUUACGAGUUGGAAUUCAAGGGGAAUGGAAAUAAAUAUCAUCGACAACAACAACAACAAUAACAGUGAUUCCGAUACAUAAUUACAAUCGCGAAACACGCUCUCUGGACCUAUUCAAUCACGAAUAUAAUUGCACGCUCCUAUCACAAUUUAACGGUAAUGAUAUCGUGUGCACAAUUGUUUUGACACAUGCGUAAGUAUACUGCUGAUCCUUAUAUUUGUUAUUGAGCUUAAAAUUUUUAUAUUUAGCUGCUUCAUCACGCGUCUCGAACAAUACUCAUAUACAUUUGAAAGACGGCGUUAUAAAUUUUAUAUGAUUUUUUGUAGCCCUUGAAUGAUAAUUUUUUCUGUAAUUUUGUACUAAAAAAAUUCUCGUUAUAAACCAUAACAACAACAAUGGCAACAACAACGCACAGGCAAUGCCCGAAAAUUCUAAUAUGUAUUUUGUGGUGUAAUGAUAUAAUACAAACUUUUAUAAUUUUGUGCAAACUGCAACUAUUAUUAUUAUCAUCAUUAUUAUCAUUAAUCAUGUUAUGCUUUUGUAUCUCUGUUAUUUUUACAUUUUGAAGACAUAUGACACUCGAUUGAAACGUCAUAGGAAAAUUUUUUUUCCCCGAGUACCUCAACAUUUAUUGUAAAUGCAGUUUAUUGUUCUCUGUUGAUUAUACUUUUUUAUUGACCCGUGUAGGUAGAACAUCGCAAAUUUUUUAAACCAAGUUUAUUGAAAUAAGUACUACGGUAUUAAUCUAUGCGUAAUAUCUAAUCAAGUCUACUAGAAAAUUUCACGAACACACGUGGACGCGAUUUCGUAUUAUACUAGAAUCAAUAAUAUAUCGUUGUCUAAAGUAUUAUUUAAAAUUUCGCGAUUCACUAAAUAUAUACACAAUAAUUAGUAUCUUGGAAGUUGAACUAUACCACGCAAUACGUAUUAUAGCUUCGUAAAAAGCAGAAACGACAGAUUGCCAUAUAUUUAAUUUAAAAAAAAAAGGUAUCAAAUAAUUAAAUUAGAUUAUCUAUAUCAUAA